CAAAAUGGCAGCGACUCUCUUCCCCCCCCCCGGGCUGCGCGCGCAGCACGGUCGGGCUCGCCUACGUCAAAAACACAGGCCAGGCGAGGAAGCGGGUUGUGGCGGCUGCGCGCGUAGCCCCGUUGGCAUGUUCUACUCUGGGGACGGAGAGGGGGUGCCCGCAGUCCAGCGAUACCAGCCGGGAUCUAUCCAUCCUGCCAAUGAGGGGCCUUUUCCUAUUGGUGGCCUAAAGUCAGCUGACAGAAUGGCAUACCUGCUGGGCAAUCCAAACUGUAUGGAGAGCUUGAGGAAGGACAUCACCGAUCUACAAGGAGCCAUCAUUGAUGUCUUUUCCCGGGCUGGGGCAGUGCGUUAUCCCUCCUGGAAGUUUCCCAAUAAAGUGUCCUGUGAUCUGGAUCUGGUGGCUUUGCUGGAGCAUUAUGACUAUGUGGAGAAUGACCCUGAAUGUACCCAGCAUUCCCAUGUAAUGCUCCUCGAACUGGUGAUUGACAGGUGA